UUUUUAAAUUCCCAGACAGAGAAAAAGAGAGAGUCUUCUCAAAAAAAAAAAAGAAAAAAAAAGAAAAGAAGAGAGAGCCGCAAACACUUUUAGUCACCAUUGAUGAGCUCCUAAGCUCUCCCGCGAAAUCAAAAUUCUUCUCUUUUAAUCAAAACCCAUUUACUCUUCUCCUUCUUCUAGAUCUUUCCGUCUUCCUUCCUUUUCCUGUGUCCUCUUUCACCCGUUGAAAAUUUCAAUCCCUUCUCUUUCACAUUCCCUUAUAUUUAUUUAUUUUAUUUUUCCAGAAAAUAAAUUCUUGUAAAGAAUUUUCUGGGAAAGUAGCUUUGGAGUUAUUUGGAAAUAAAAAAAAAAAAAAAAUAUCGCCUACACACAAAUACAAGGCAGAGAGAGAGAGAGAGAGAGAGAGAGAGAAGCAAGCCAAAUGCGCGUGAAACAAGUCAAAAUGCGAGAUCCAAACCAAGUCUGCGUUGAAAAGCCUCAGAGGAAACAUUCAGAUAUGCGAAUAUUAUUCAUCUCAUACUCUCGUGCUAGUACGUGAUUGCCUUGCCUCUCUCUUUGUAGGGCCUAUAUUACAGCCUUGUCGAACGGCCUUUGUUUUUUUAUAUUUUUAUAUUAAAUAAUUUUGGGUUGGUUGGGUAUUCUGGGCUGAGUUACAUGUUGUUGUUGUUGUUGUUGUUUUUGGGGCGGGGAUUACAAUUUGGUGGUGCGAAUGAUAUAGGAAUAGGAUUAGUUGUUGGUCGUUGUGACUUCUAACUACCUGGACUUCUUGUCUCUGCACACGUGUUUUUUCUCAAACUUCUUUUUCUUUUCUGCUUCCUUCUUGUUUCUCUGGUUUUCUGUUUUGUUUUCACUUUCUAAUUACUGGGUUUCUGAGCUUUUUGUCGUAACUCUUUUUCUGGGGUUCUGUUUUAAUUUUGUUUUAGACUGACUAGUAUUGCUUUAUUUAUUCAUUCUUUUCCUGGGUGUUGGUGUUACAAAUUUGUGAAUUUUUUGGGGCUUGUGGGAAAAAAAAUAAAAAAUAAAAAAUCUGUUUUUCCUAGAGAGGAGCUACUUUUCUUGUAGCUGAUUGAGUCAUUCUUAGUGGGUUGUUUUUGAAUUUUGAAGGGGCUGUGGAUCCUUGAAGAAGCUGCAUUUACUGGUGAGUGAAUUAGCUUUGGAAGGAAGGAAUUGUUGUACUUCCUAUUGUGUUGCUCUGAUAUUUGUCAUUGGGGUUAGUGAGAGGUUGUUCUAGAGGGAACAAAAAAUGAGGGGUGGUAUAAGGAGAAAGCUGAAACUCAGCAAGCUUUACUCAUUCAGAUGUGGGAGGUCAUCUAUGACAGAUGAUGACCAUUCACAGAUUGGUGGUCCAGGGUUUUCCAGGGUUGUUUAUUGCAAUGAACCAGAUUGCAUCCAAGCUGGAAUUCGUAAAUAUGGAGCCAAUUAUGUUAGGUCUACAAAAUAUACACUUGCCACUUUCUUGCCUAAAUCAUUGUUUGAGCAGUUUAGGAGGGUGGCCAAUUUUUUCUUCUUGGUUACUGGCAUCUUGGCCUUCACCCCACUCGCUCCUUAUACAGCUGUUAGUGCUAUCCUUCCUCUUAUUGUCAUUAUUGGAGCAUCAAUGAUUAAAGAGGGUAUUGAAGAUUGGAGGCGAAAGAAGCAGGAUAUGGAGGUGAACAAUAGAAAGGUUAAAGUGCAUCAACGUGAUGGAGUUUUUAAUCAUACUGAAUGGAAGAACCUGAGAGUGGGAGAUAUAGUAAAGGUAAAGAAGGAUGAAUUCUUUCCGGCAGACCUCCUCUUGCUUUCAUCCAGUUAUGAUGAUGCAAUCUGCUAUGUUGAGACCAUGAACCUUGAUGGCGAGACAAAUUUGAAAUUAAAACAAGCAUUGGAGGUUACCUCAUCCUUAAAUGAGGACUCCAACUUCCUUAAUUUUAAGGCUAUUGUUAAAUGCGAAGACCCCAACGCAAAUUUGUACUCUUUUGUUGGAAGUAUGGAGUUUGAAGAGCUACAGUAUCCCCUCUCUCCUCAGCAACUUCUUCUCAGAGAUUCUAAACUCCGAAAUACAGACUACAUUUAUGGGGCUGUUAUCUUCACUGGUCAGGACACAAAGGUUAUUCAGAAUUCUACUGAUCCCCCUUCAAAGAGAAGCAAAAUUGAGAAGAAGAUGGACAGAAUUAUCUACUUCUUAUUCUCUAUUCUAUUUCUGAUGGCAUUUGUUGGUUCUAUUCUCUUUGGCAUUGCAACUGAAGAUGACUUAGAAAAUGGUAGGUUGAAAAGGUGGUAUCUUAGACCAGAAGAUUCUACAGUUUUCUUUGACCCCAAAAGAGCACCAUCUGCAGCUGUUUUUCACUUUCUGACAGCCCUAAUGUUAUAUAAUUCCUUUAUUCCAAUCUCCUUGUAUGUGUCAAUAGAAAUUGUCAAAGUUCUUCAGAGCAUCUUCAUCAAUCAAGAUAUUCACAUGUACUAUGAAGAAGCUGACAAACCGGCACAUGCCCGUACCUCAAAUUUGAAUGAGGAACUUGGCCAAGUUGACACAAUACUUUCUGAUAAGACUGGAACUUUGACAUGCAAUUCAAUGGAGUUCAUCAAGUGUUCUGUGGCUGGGACAGCUUAUGGUCUUGGUGUUACAGAGGUUGACAAGGCUAUGCAUACAAGAAAAGCCUCACCUUUGCAUGAUGAAAAUGUAAAUGGAUCUGACCACAUCAAGGAUUCUACUGAUUCAAAGUCACUCAUAAAAGGCUUUAACUUUAAAGAUGAGAGGAUUAUGAAUGGAAAAUGGGUUAAUGAGCCUCGUGCAGCUGUCAUUCAGAAAUUUUUUCGUUUAUUGGCAAUUUGUCAUACUGCCAUUCCUGAAGUGGAUGAAGAAACAAGGAAGGUUUCAUAUGAAGCUGAAUCUCCAGAUGAAGCAGCAUUUGUGAUUGCAGCACGAGAAUUUGGUUUUGAAUUCUACAAAAGGACACAGACUAGCAUAUCAUUGCAUGAAUUGGAUCCAGUGACUGGAAAUGGAAUUGAACGGUUGUAUAAACUUCUGAAUGUUUUAGAGUUUAACAGCUCAAGGAAGCGGAUGUCUGUGAUUGUAAGAGAUGAGGAAGGAAAAAUACUAUUACUUUGUAAAGGUGCUGACAGUGUCAUGUUUGAAAGGCUUGCCAAGAAUGGAAGGGAGUUUGAAGACAAGACCAGGGAGCAUGUCAAUAAUUAUGCUGAUACAGGCCUGAGAACCUUGAUACUUGCCUAUCGUGAACUUGAUGAAGAAGAAUACAAAGAGUUCAAUGAGAAAUUCAAUGAGGCAAAGAAUUCAGUUAGUGCUGAUCAGGAAACAUUGAUUGAUGAAGUAGCAGAGAAGAUUGAGAGGGGUCUAAUUCUUCUUGGUGCAACUGCUGUUGAGGACAAACUCCAAAAUGGGGUUCCUAGCUGCAUUGACAAGCUUGCCCGAGCAGGAAUUAAGAUUUGGGUUUUGACUGGAGACAAGAUGGAGACUGCCAUAAAUAUUGGUUUUUCAUGUAGUUUGCUUAGACAAGGAAUGAAGCAGAUUAUAAUUAAUUUGGAGACUCCCCAAAUUCAAACACUAGAAAAGGCAGGAGAUAAGGCAGCCAUUGCUAAGGCAUCAAAGGAAAGUGUCCUCCAUCAGAUAACUGAAGGGAAGGGUCAGCUUACUUCAUCAAGUAGGAGCUCUGAGGCAUUUGCUUUGAUCAUCGAUGGGAAAUCACUUAGUUAUGCUCUAGAGGAUGAUAUGAAGAAAAUGUUUCUGGAGCUUGCAAUUGGUUGUGCAUCUGUUAUAUGCUGUCGCUCAUCACCAAAACAGAAGGCUCUGGUUACAAGACUGGUUAAAUCUGGAACGGGGAAAACGACAUUAGCAAUUGGUGAUGGUGCCAAUGAUGUGGGAAUGCUUCAAGAAGCAGAUAUAGGGAUUGGAAUUAGUGGUGUCGAAGGAAUGCAGGCGGUCAUGUCAAGUGAUAUUGCGAUUGCACAGUUCCGAUAUUUGGAGCGUUUGCUGCUUGUGCAUGGACAUUGGUGUUACAGAAGGAUCUCAUCAAUGAUAUGCUACAUUUUCUUCAAGAAUGUCACAUUUGGUUUCACUCUAUUCUUAUAUGAGGCAUAUGCAUCAUUCUCUGGGCAAGUUGCAUACAAUGAUUGGUUUUUGUCACUCUAUAAUGUUUUCUUCUCAUCACUUCCGGUUGUUGCUAUGGGAGUUUUUGACCAGGAUGUUUCUGCAAGGUAUUGUCUCAAGUUUCCUCUAUUAUACCAAGAAGGGGUGCAGAAUCUCCUUUUCAGCUGGCGUCGAAUAUUCAGCUGGAUGUUAAAUGGGUUUUGCAGUGCUAUAAUAAUUUUCUUUUUCUGCACAAAAGCACUGGAGCUGCAGGCUUUCAAUAAUGAUGGGCAGACUGCUGGGAGGGAUAUUUUAGGAGCAACAAUGUAUACAUGCAUUGUUUGGGUCGUAAACUUGCAGAUGGCACUUUUUAUAACUUACUUCACCUUGGUGCAACAUGUUGUUAUCUGGGGUUCAAUUGCGUUUUGGUACCUUUUCCUCUUGAUUUAUGGAUCCAUGACUCCUACCUUUUCUACCACUGCUUACAAACUUUUCAUUGAAGUCCUUGCCCCGACCCCUUCUUAUUGGUUCGUCACUCUAUUCGUGGUGAUCUCAACCCUAAUACCGUACUUCUCUUACUCAGCAAUUAAGAAGCGCUUCUUUCCUAUGUACCAUGAAACAAUACAGUGGAUAAGGCAUGAGGGCCUACCAAAUGAUCCUGAAUAUUUUGAAAUGGUACGGCAGAGAUCUUUGCGGCCGACAACUGUAGGCGUCACAGCCCGCUUUAGCAGCAAGGACUAACCGUUUAAAAGAUAAUAAUCAUAACCAUACGUGAUAUUGUUGAAAUCGGUUUUGGAUGGUUAUCUGGCAAAAAAUUGCAGGUCGGAGAUAUGUGUGUGAACUUUGAAAAUUUUCUGCUGUGUAUAACUCAAUUAAAGCAGACGGCCUAGAGAUUACCCUUGCUUCAUUACUGUACAGACGCAUUAGUCAUCUGUAGCAUAUCGUAGAUGGGGUGGAAUAUUAUUAUUGUAAAGAUUUUAUUUUUGACCAUCUGAGGUUAAACAUUGGUUAUUAUACCAUGCUUUUUGUAUCAUUGUAUAAAUUAAAUUAGUGACAUACAGAACCGAGAAAAUUCAUUGUAGGAAUAUUUGAUAGUGUUGCUUUUUAUUACAGUCUACAGAAUAGAGAAAUAAAUAGUAUGCCUUUUUCUUUCUCUA